UGCUCCUAUAAUGACGUUUUUCGUACCCCGUCAGCUAGCACAGCAGAUAUUUUGGGAAUUGCUCUAAAUUGAAAUUUUUAUUAACAUUGAAAUCUAUACGUAAACUGCACAAAAUCUAGGUAAUUUAGCCAGUCAGCUAAUCCGGAAGCCGAUUCGCACUGAGUAACCAUGUGGUCAGAUACGCUACUGAUUGUUUUCAUCUCUAUUUGUACGGCUUUUCUCGGCGAAGGAUUAACUUGGCUCAUGGUUUACCGCACCGAAAAGUAUCAGAAGUUAAAGACGGAAGUGGAAAAACAAAGCAAAAAAUUGGAAAAACGAAAAGAAAUCCAUGGGGACUCCCUGGAUAAAUCUCACAAGAAGAAAAUCGAACGCGAUGAGGAAAAGCUCAAGAAUAACAAUCGGGAUCUGUCGCUGGUCAAGAUGAAGUCGAUGUUUGCCACCGGUUUUGCAUUCACAGCUCUCCUCAGUAUGUUCAACAGCAUUUUCGAUGGUCGCAUUGUUGCCCGGUUGCCAUUCGUACCGAUCUCCUGGAUCCAGGGACUCAGUCAUCGCAAUUUGCCCGGAGACGAUUAUACCGAGUGUUCGUUCAUCUUUUUGUACAUUCUCUGUACCAUGUCCAUUCGGCAGAAUAUUCAGAAAUUGCUCGGAUUUGCCCCAUCGCGUGCAGCUAGUAAACAGGCCGGCGGAUUAUUCGGACCAACCCCAGGCCAAUUCAAGUAAAGGCAUCAUUGUUGUCGAUUUUCUUUCCAGUUUGCGGGAAAGAUCUCAUCAUCGUUUCCAAAAAGUCAAAAAUUAUGCCCUUCCUUUGUGUAUUGGCGAAACAUGCAAUCAACCAAAACAACGAGGUAUAUUUAAAAACAAAACCUGUUCUUUGUGAAAGGAAAUUAUUACUAGUGCAUUUCAUUUCGUUAACAUUUAUUCAGCGAAUCGUCGCUUUUAUUUAAUUAAAGACUAGAUAAUUACGUUAGCCACUACUCAUUACUGUAAAUGAAUUGCAUCCAAUAGCAUGAAAAAUGGAAAACAUGAUGAACAAAACGUAAAAAAAUAAAACCAAUCCACUAGAAAUAGCUUAA